GAUAAAUCAGAGAAAGAAAAACCAUGUCCGGAGCAGGGUACUGGUGAUGAAAGGGAGGUUUCUUCAUCCAACUUAUCUUCAGGAGCAAAGAGGAAAAUUGAUUUUGUUUUGAGUCCUACACUGGUUGAAAAGGUAAAAACCAGAACCAAUAGGCAACAAAGCAAAGUCUGCAAGUCUCCGUACAUAGGCACAAAGCAGAAUAGGGUAUCUACAACAAAAACUAAUUGUCCAAAUGUUGGCGACAUUACAAAAGGACUAGAGUUAAGUGACUUGGAACUUCACGCCAUUAAAUAUAUUUUGGAGGAAUUAGCGACUGAACCAAAAAAAAGUCUAGUAUGCAUAGGUGGAAUUGAGCUGGGUGCUAAUCAAUUGAAAUGUCUAGUAACACGUGUGAGAGAGGAUGCAGGAGACAAAUGGUUAUGUUCUGGGAUAGUAGACUCCUAUGCAACUAUAUUCAACUCUGAUUGGAAAAAAGAUACUAACGAGAUAAAGCAUGCACUUUUAGAUGUCAAUUGUCAGUGGUUACGAAUGAUUGGGAAAGCUUGGGUACAAACUGGUGUACCUUGGUGGAGGUUGUGCCAUAAGUCUGCUCAGGAAUUGGUUGGAGCUGAUAUGGUCUUCAUUCCCAUGAAUAAUACAAAAAGUCACUGGUGGCUCUGUGUUCUGUACCCUGCUAGAAAUGAAAUUCAAGUUCUCAAUUCUUUCAAUAGGACCAUAAAUUAUGAAGAAGAAUUAGUCGAAUUGAGAUGUGGAAUUCAUUCAAUUUUGCAAGCAAUUUUGGCAUCAUCUGACAAGUUGGAGUCCAGGUGGAGUAACUAUGACAUUCUACAAUGGGAUGUUGUUGUGAAGAAAAACAUUCCACCACAACAUGAUGCGUGCUCAUGCGGGAUUUUUACAAUAAAAUAUAUGCAAUUUUGGAAUGGGAGUGAAAUAACAAAUCCAUUCACGCAAAAGGAUAUGGAGAAAUUUAGGAAGAAGAUGCCAGCUGAGCUGAUCUUGUCGCCCUUGAAUGAGCUUACUACCAGCAAAGAGCAUGUACUUGCCACCCAGAAUUUUAGUUGAUCUCUAUUUUUCAAACCAUCAGGAUUUUUGUAAAAUAGUUUAGAUUUAUUCUAGAGUUGGUCAUAC